CUGGGUGCACACACAUUCCAGUGCCUCUGAUCGGGGGGUGCAUGUGAUUGGGAAGCCUUCUCCUUUCCUAGAGAUGCAGUGAGAGUCAGCCAACUCAGCCACUUACUCGGCUUGGCAGAGGCUGCCCGUCUUAUCACACUCUCGUUUUUCCGUUUUUGUGGGCUAUAGAUCUCCGACAUGCAUUUUCAUCAGCGCACAACCUGGACUCUCGGCACUACAAGACAGGACAUGUUUGCCGCACUGCUGCUCUUCGUCCUCCUCUCCCUCUGCCCGCCCCUGUGCCAGGCGUUCCCCCGGUGUUGCCGCACGCGCCAGUGUCACUGCCGUCUGCUGGAUUUGCUGAUGGGCCCCGGCAACCACGCCGCUGGCAUCCUGACCCUGGGUCGACGCAGCGCGGGUACCAUUGACUUCUACACGCCUCCCACACUGCCCAGCAGUGCACACAAGACCAAUGUUGCGAACCCUCAUGAGAGACAUGCGGGUGUGCCUCUGGCUGGCAGGGUCUAUACCAGGCAGACCCCAUUUUUUACUGAAAACCCCCUCUCCCUAAGAGCCUCUGGGCAUCACUCGAGUAUUCUCAUAAAGCCCAACGGAAAUCAUGGUCUUCUAACAAGCAAAGUAUUAGAUGACAGGCUACUAAAGAACCCCAGAAGCUAUCAGGGCAUAUUUGUGACAAAGAAUGAUAAAACCAGCCUCACAACAACUCUCAUUAAAGACCCCAGCCUUCUCUGGCAGCUGGCCCAUGACUCCCUAUCCAGGGAUCACGCAGCAAAGCUCCAGGUGCCUCAUCUCAGAAUCCUGAUUGUCCGCCAACACCACGCCAAAAACAGAGGAACAGAGAGUAAAGCUGGUGGCACCAUGCUUACAGUGAGCUCUCUCAGCAGAUGCCUUAACGUUGGGCUGGGAAGGGUAAGACAGAGGGAGGCAGGGGCAUGGGAUCUGGCUCUGCGGAGGCAAGGAGUGACAGGGCCCGUGUUCUUAAAGGCAUGAGCAAGUGAAGUGGGCAGACUAGCUUCCAUUUCUUUCUUCUGUCUUGUGGAGGCUGGGGUAUGCCUACACCCCUGACAGCUGGUAAAGGCUUUGAAAUAAUGGGAAUUAUUCAAACUCCUGGUUUUACCUGGGUAUACUGCAGGACCCUAAACGCUUCCCUUCACUUCUGCUAAUAUCCCAAACCUGGCCUGUGCUAACCACCUCUAUGCUGCACCCUUGCUCAAACUACUGAUCCAAUUUAAACUGCUCUAGUUCCAUUUAAUGAAAAGGUGGAAUGCUUCACUUUUGUUUAAUUAAAAAAAAGUUAUUUUUUUUAAUUAAAAAACCUGAACCUUACUCAUUGUGGAUGUCACUUUACCUCAAACAAGCAAGCUCUCCUGCCUCUGCCUCUUUUUUCUCAUUUUGGUGUUGCCUCCCUCAAACUGAUUUGUCUAGUGUUCUGAGAAGUGGGACAGUACUGCCAGUUGCAGCCCUGAAGUGACCAGCAGGCCCAGUGCCAGAAUAGUCCCAAUGUAUUCCCCUGCUGAGAGCCCUAAUACUCUUCUCUCUGGUGCCAAAGGAGUUCUCCUCUACCCCCACCAUUACAGAAUAGCAUGGUGUUACUUUCAAAGCAAAAAAGAAGCAAAUUUUUAUUGUAUCUAUAGUUCAGUAUCUGAUUUGUACUCUUUUUGUGAUUCAUUCAGUCUUUAUAAAUCA